CGAGAGCUGAGCUGUAUGCACGCGCUGCGGAUCAGUGAUCUCGCGAGAUCCGCCUUGACCUCGCUCUGCACUAGGUGAACAUGUCGGAUUCGGAGCUCGGGAGGAAGUGGGACCGGUGUCUGGCCGACUCAGCCGUCAAAUUCGGAGCUGGCCUUGGAUUGGGGAUCGUUUUUUCAGUGAUCUUCUUUAAGAGGAAGACGUGGCCCAUCGCCUUCGCGUCAGGAAUUGGCCUGGGCAUGGCGUAUUCCAACUGCCAGAACGACUUCCAGGCCCCCUACCUGCUCCAUGGCAAGUUUGUCAAGGAACAAUGAUCGAGGGCCCUCGCAGAGAGCAGCUGUGGAGCCCCCCAUCCGGGAUCCGGCGCAGGCACGGCUCCGAGCCUCUCCGUGACUGCUUGCCGUGAAAUCGCUGUCACUGGCCGCCGACCGCAAGCUCGCAGCUCCUCCUGUGUUUUGUAUUUUCUGUCACAACCAUUAAGAGAAUAAAAAAAGAGGAAACCCA